GCUCGGGAUUGGCGGCGGCCGCCCCGCCCGGCCGCGCUCCCCCCUCCCCGCCAUGGCGUCAGGCGCCGCUGCAGCCGGAGGUGGGAGCCAGUUGAAGGAGUGAAGUUUUUUCUGCGGCCGCUCGGCUCCGCUCGCCCUCCUGCUCCCACGCCUCGGCCCCGGCGGCGGCGGGCGGAUGGCGCUGCGGAGCCCGGCUGCGGGGCUGAGGAUGGAUGGGGACGCCCGCGAAGGCGGCGGCGGCGGCGGCGGCAAAGACGCGGGCGCAGAGGACUACGAGAACCUGCCCACCAGCGCCUCUCUGUCCACGCACAUGACAGCUGGGGCCAUGGCCGGGAUCCUGGAGCACUCAGUCAUGUACCCCGUGGACUGCGUGAAGACUAGAAUGCAGAGCCUGCAUCCAGAUCCCAAAGCCCGCUACACAAGCGUAUAUGGCGCUCUCAAGCAAAUCAUCCGGACAGAAGGCUUCUGGAGACCCUUACGGGGCAUCAACGUGAUGGUGAUGGGGGCAGGGCCGGCCCACGCCAUGUAUUUUGCCUGCUACGAAAACAUGAAAAGGACUUUAAAUGACGUCCUCCACCGCAGAGGAAACAGCCACCUGGCCAAUGGGAUAGCGGGGAGUAUGGCCACCCUGCUCCAUGAUGCUGUAAUGAAUCCAGCUGAAGUGGUGAAGCAGCGCAUGCAGAUGUACAACUCUCCUCAUCAUUCGGCCCUUCGCUGCAUCCGGGAUGUCUGGAGGACCGAGGGGGUGGGCGCCUUCUACCGGAGCUACACCACCCAGCUCACCAUGAACAUUCCCUUCCAAGCCAUUCACUUUAUUACUUAUGAGUUCCUUCAGGAGCAGAUCAACCCUCACCGAGGCUACAAUCCCCAGUCCCACAUCCUUGCCGGAGGGCUGGCGGGGGCCGUCGCCGCGGCCGCCACUACCCCCCUGGAUGUCUGCAAGACCCUCCUCAACACUCAGGAAAACAUGGCUCUCUCUUUGGCCAAUGUCAGCGGACAUCUGUCUGGCAUGGCCAAUGCCUUUCGAACAGUGUACCAGCUCAGCGGUAUUUCUGGAUACUUCAAAGGUAUCCAGGCACGCAUAAUCUACCAGAUGCCAUCCACAGCCAUCUCCUGGUCAGUCUAUGAGUUUUUCAAGUACUUCCUGACAAAGCACCAGGUGGAGAAUAGAACUCCGUACUAAAGGAACAGACUGUGGGGAGCAAUUCCAGCAUCUUAUUUAAAAAAGAAAGAAAGGAUUCCCUCUCCCGUUUCCAUCCCUCUUUCCCCCAUGCACCCGCACCAAGUUUUACGAGCUUCAGGUUUCCUGAAGCACCAAUGUGAUUCUUGCAGGGUAUGUGCCACUGAGUAGCUCCUCUCUGUGGCUGGCCUUGAAAGAGGGGUCGGAUCCAAAAUGGUGGCACUGAUGGUUGGGGAAAGAUUUUAGUGGAAGAAAAAUGAAUGCCUUCCUCCUCCCCCUUCCUGCCUUUUCCCUCCCCUGCUAGAAGAAUGAAUGUGACUUUUCUUCUUCCCUAGAACUAAACCGCACAGAAUAGGGUUGGGGAAAUGGGGGGUCUGGAUAGGUGAGGAGUUUGCACCUCAGAGACUUAAGAUGUUAAAGACAAACUAAAUAUGAUAUGUAUAUACAAGUUCCAUUACGCAAUAUAAAAAUAGAUGGAUAAUGUUUAUCCUUUAUUUUUCUAUGUAGAAGUUGAAUUCGUGUGUGUAUGUGUGUGAGAGUGUGCAAAUAGUAUUACAGUUGAGAUUUUAAAGUGCUUUUUUAAAAAAUGAAACAAAGGGCUCAAUUUCUCCCAUCAUGAUAUAUAAUUAAGCACCGAAGCAUCUUUACCCAACCUCCAGGGGUGGCCUGAAGCCUAGGGCUUAGUCACCCUCCCUGACCCCCAUGGAAGUUUCACUUGAAUGUAUGUAGUAAACUUUGAGUUUAUAUUUUUGAGGUUUUUUUUAAUGAGAAAAAGGUACAUUUAAAAAAAAUCUAGCCAAGAGGGAAAACAUGACUACUUGGUCAUUUCUUCUCCUUACACACAUGGGAUGUUAGAUCUGGAAGGGAUGUUAGAGGCCACCUGAGCCGGCUCCCUGCUUUUGAUGUGCAUGAAGAAACUGAGCCUUGGCAUGGGUGAGGUUACUUAAGUCAUUCUCAGCACACUGACUUCCUUUUGUCUGGGAUGAAUCUCUUUUAUUUCCAAGUCCCUGGAGAGCAAGCGCUCCCUUCUCCUGGACUCUGAUGGAUGUUGAGUCCUGUGUCUUUUGAGGCCCUUCCUGUGAGGAAGGACGUGGCCAAGUCAGCCCCUGCCAACGUCUCAAGAUGGAAGAUUUGAAGGGGCAUUGGUUGUGCUUGUGUGUAGGGUUUUGGCCUCUCUGUGUGUGUGUGUAUCUGUUCUGAAGUUCCAUAAAAGGUGUGUUUCUGACCAGGACACUCCAAGACUCUUUUCUGAGGACUCUUCUCUUCCUCAGUGGCUAAGGUGGAUUGUUUAGAGGACAGAUAUGUGUGGAGCUGGCAGAUGUGGACAGAGCAGGAUGUCUGCCAGGGUUCUUUUUCUCUUCCCCAAUCCUUUAUUUUCAGAUAAUUUUUCCUAGGGCAGUACUUAAGGCCUUGAUCUUUCUGCCCAGCUUGGAGGAGAGAUGGGGGUGAAGGAGGAAGGACCUUGCUGAAGCUCAUCUCUGCUCUUCCAUGCCCUGAAGGAGGUGCCAAAAAAAAGUGUGUGUGUGUGUUGAGGGGGGCGGGCUGUGUUUGGCUUCAUCAGUGGUGAGGGAAGAGUCCAAGUUGCACAGAGGGACAAGACUGUUGGGAAGGGUUUUAUUGGGUAUUUUUCUGUUAAUGACUCAGAGGCCCUUGUAAGCUUUAUAGUAUGUCCUGAGUGACAAUCUCCUUAAAAAAGAUACAGACCUGUUUUUUCUAGCCCACUGCUAGCGGCUAGCCCCAAGGUCAGAGAAAAGACUAAUUUAAUUAGCUGCAUUCUUCUCCCUGCCCAAGUGCCUGUCUUUAAGUCUCAGCCAAUGGGCAUUUCUUUUGGCAGAAACUCUGAGCCAACAGCCACUUGCCCUGGGCCAAAGUAUCUCUCUUUGAGUGUUCUGACCUGAGGAUAGGCACUUGGGGGAGGAGUUGACUUCAUCCCUUUGAGACAGUACCAUGGUCUUGGGGACACAGGGAAGUGUGGGUGGGCCCUAGGCAGGGGGUGCAAAUCUUUGCUUGGUAAUCCCAGGGGCUUUUCCUCUGAAUCUGAACACUUAGGAGGUCUGUCUUGACUUCAUUCAUUCACAAAGAUGGGAGUGCCAAGUUGAGGUUCCUCAAAGAGAAGUGUGGCUUUGUUGUCAGGAUCCAGAUAACCUGCCUCUGCCUAGUCAGAGCUCGUGGGAGCUGGGGACAGCAGACAGGGCAGAGACGGGGUCCCCAUUGUGCCUCUGCCGUGUUGGGGGUUGGGGGGAGGGGGAAGUGGGCAAUGGAAGGGUUGAACCUGUCGAAUCAAGAGCCAGGAUUAAUUUAUUUUCUAAAAUAGUGUCUCAUCCUUCUCUUUCCCCCUUGGCCUGCUAACCAUUUCUAGUCCUCCUUAAACUUUUGCUUCAAAUGGUAUUUAGAAACUGGAAUGCCCACUUGUCUAGGCAAGACUUUCUUUAGGGAAGGGACCUGUUGAUCUCUUUUCAAGACUUCCCAAGCCAGGGCUUAGCCUAAUUGUGCUUGAUUCAACUAAGGCAACUAAGUGCCUACUGUGUACUGGGAUUGCAAGGCAAAAAUGAAAUCAUGCCCUUCAUUGAUCACUUAGCCUUAAAGAGCACAUGGUGCCUCAGGCUCAUCCUUGGAAGAGUUUCUCAUUUGUUCUGUGCCUUGAUGUCUAGAUGAUCGACUUCUGAUAUGUAGGAGCUGUAAGGCAAAGGUUCUACCUUCCUAAAAUCAAUUGUAAUGGAUAGAACUUGGAUAGGAACUUGAUUGUUCCCCACUACCCCAACCCUGCCUUACUUGCUUGGUAAAUCUGCCUGGUUUCCUGAUUUUCUCUCUGUCCUUUUUAUUAAAUGAUGCUAGAAGCCACAUGGGUCCAGCUUUCACUCUUGGAGGCUGCCUCUCUCAACGCACCUGCCCUGUCAAGGACCAUUGUAUUUGAUGGGGGUGGGAGGAAACGUGUCUUGUGCUUUGUUUGGCCUGUGAAAUCCAAAUGUGUUUGCUGCUUUAUAUCUGCAAGAACACACUGUAUAUUUUUUUAAAGGGAGCAAAAGAGUGUUGUUUAAAAAAAAAUUUAAAGCUUGUGAUGGCUGCCUACAUGUAGUUUGUAUCAAACCUGUUUCUCCAUCUUUUCUGAUUAUUAACCAGCUGUUUGAAGAAGGAAUGGGGCAGGUUGGGGGGUGGGGGAAGGAGUGUGCCUUGGUGUGUGGGGUCUUUGUUUCUUAAUAUGCUGCUACAGUUGUACCACUGGAGCUGGAGGAAAAAAAUAAAGUAUUGACCCAUC